UUUGAGAAUUUCAUCUUGAAUUUAUUAGAUCUCAUUACAAAGAUAUUUUUUUUAUCAUAAUGAAGUUUCUGUGGGCAUUUAUUAUUAUUGCUGCAUUAAUUGCACUUAGUCAAGGACAAGGUUUCGGAGGAUACGGAAUGAAUGGAGGAAGAGGUGGAUAUGGAAUGAAUGGUAAUAAUGGUCGAGGAAAUGGAAAUAAUGGCCGAGGACGUGGUCCAAAUGAUGGAUAUGGAAGAAAUGAUGAAUACGGUGGAAAUGCUGGAUUGGGCCCCAAUGGAUUUGGAUUCAAUUUUGGCGGUUAAAAGAAAUAAUUUAAAAAACCUGGAGGUCACGACUAUGAUUUUGAAAAUAUUGUAGCUACUGAUGUAUCAUUUUAUUUUAAAUAAAUUAAUUUCUACUACG